CUUUGUGUUGCCUCAUACGAAACAUAGUGUGUUACAAUGGCAUGAAACCAAACGUGUUCACGGCGCCUACACACGUUUAAUAGUCUGUCUUAUUUUUAAUUUAAUAUUAUCACAGAUACACACGCUCAAUAGAAUAAUGAUGAAGAAUAUCACAGGGAAUGGGCAGUCAACAGUCAACGUGGCUUAGUAUUUCUCGAUACAUCGAAGGCAACAAGUAUUGUCAUUGGGAUGCUAAAUUUACCAUAUAUCUGAUUCUGAUAAUCGCUAAUUACAUUGGUGUAAAAUCUUUAAUCUUUAAUUUCGUAAGGUCAAAUAAACAUCAAUCAAUCUACCAGUCAAUAAAUCAAUCAAUGAAAAAUAAAUUAUUAAUUGGCGAUGUCACAGUUUGAUGUAUGCGCAAAAUUGAGGAGAAGAGUGUGAAUGGGAAAAAUAACCACAUUAAUGUUCCCAAACAGAAAUUUUCUUGAAAUAGAAAACACACCAACAGCUAAUUUAAGUCUUUUUAAUUCUGGGUGUCUCGCUCUUGGAAAAGGGAAAUCCUGUAGGUAAUUUAAACAACUUUUCAGUUGCAGACAAAACAUUCAUGAAACAUAUGCAACAGCCUCAACCAUAUAAAUAAAGAGAAAGGAUGAGGAGGUAGGACGCAAAGAUUUCCUUAUUCACUCCCUACCUCCUUGGCUUGACAAGAGCCCCUUUUGUUCCCGGCGGCGUCACGUGAUUUGGCCCCUCCCACUUGGUGACGUGUGGCUCCAGAUGUCGCAGAGUGGUGUGGGUAUACGGAUGUGGACGCUCAGCGAAAGUUUAAGGAUUUUUAGUGAGCUGAGAUCGCGAACUGAAUGAAAUGGAGCUGCUAGCCCCCAUGCGGCUCUACACCCUGUCGAAGAGGCAUUUUGUCUUGGUUUUCGUGGUGUUCCUGAUCUGCUUCGGCCUCACAGUCUUCAUCGGCAUCGCAGGUCCCAGGAUAAUUGCUGAGCAAGAGGUGCCUGUAAAGAAUUACUCUGUUAUGACUGGGCCUUUUAACCUGGAUUCUCCUCCCCUCACCACCUACAACCAGCAGCUAUGGCUCACCUUUGUGAUGCAGGUAGAAAACAGCAAAAUGGAAGACUUCCAGCGGACGUUCGAGAUCAACGUUACGCUAAAGGGAGAAAUGCAGGAUGCCAGCGUAAUGUCCGUCAACAACAGGCAACAAAAAAGGCGAACUCUUCAUUGCAGGGCUAAAUGCGAUGAGAUCAUUGUGCUUCAUCUGGGUUAUCUGAACUACACACGGUACAAGGCUGAGGUCAGCUUUAAGGGCCUUGACCUUGAUUUCAUAGGUGAUCAGAAGUUUUUGUGGAAAACGUACAAUCCCACCUUCUCCCAGGUAGAAAUCUGGUUUCGGUUCGUCUUCGUGGUGUUGACCUUCAUGGUGACGUGUAUGUUUGCACACUCCCUGAGGAAGUUCUCUAUGAGGGACUGGGGCAUAGAACAGAAAUGGAUGUCAGUCCUGCUCCCAUUGCUGCUACUCUAUAAUGAUCCUUUCUUCCCACUGUCAUUCCUGGUGAACAGCUGGUUUCCUGGGACAUUGGAUGCUUUCUUUCAGGCACUGUUCCUGUGUGCUCUGCUGCUAUUCUGGCUCUGUGUUUAUCAUGGCAUCAGGGUUCAGGGUGAAAGGAAGUGCAUGACGUUCUACCUGCCAAAGCUGAUCAUUGUAGGUCUUCUGUGGCUCUCAGCGGUCACGUUGGGCAUAUGGCAAACGGUCAACGAACUCCAGGACCCCACCUAUCAGUAUAAAGUGGAUAUUGCAAACUUUCAGGGCAUGAAGGUCUUCUUUCUUAUAGUAGUUGUUGUUUACAUCCUCUAUUUGAUCUUCCUGAUCGUCAGAGCUUGUUCUGAACUGAAGAACAUGCCUUACUCAGAUCUCCGGCUGAAGUUUUUGACUGCUCUGACAUUUGUGGUUCUCAUUAUAAGCAUGGUCAUUCUGUACCUGAGGUUUGGUGCUAAAGCACUUCAAGAUAAUUUUGUAGCUGAAUUGUCCACCCAUUACCAAAACUCAGCUGAAUUUCUAUCUUUCUAUGGCUUACUCAACUUUUACUUGUACACGUUAGCAUUUGUGUAUUCCCCCUCUAAAAAUGCUCUUUAUGACUCCCAGUUAAAGGAUAAUCCUGCUUUCUCCAUGCUAAAUGACUCAGAUGAUGAAGUGAUUUAUGGGAGCGAUUACGAAGACAUGCCUUUACAAAACGGACGUGCUAUCAAAGCAACUGCUAAGUACCAGGAUGAGACAGACAGUGACUGACCAACCUCUGACUGCAGCGCUUCUAACCCUGUGGGGAAAACUACGGGAGACCAUUAAAAGAAAGUAUCAUGUUUAUGUGUAAAUAAGUAUUUGCAUAAGAAAUAUGAAAUAAUGUACUGUAAGUGUACAUAGAUAUAUUUUUAAAGAGGGUGAGUUCUACUGUGCUGAAUGUACUGUAAUUUUACUUAACGCUGAGAAGCCACUCAAACGUUUUCUUUUGUUCAAACUACUAAUGUAAUAUAAGAGUUUCUACCAGUUCUUGCCGUCACCAGCAUUGCUUAACUGUUUUCUGUAAACUCAUUGUAAUUUUAAGGCUUUUUGUUCAACCACUGUCUGCUUUUAUUUAUUUAUUUUUUGUUCCUUUGUUUGAACAUUGAGAAUGCAUGUAUGUAGCCAAAUCUGAGAAACAUUAUAGUAACUGAAGAAACUUGGUACUGCAGCUACUCGUGCAGCAAACGGUGGCUCACCAGCACUCACAGUUCAAGUGCCUGAACAGUAUUGGCUGUUUCCAAAGCCUCUUUAUUCUCAGACACAUUUAAAAGUUGUGAGCCCUAAUUGGAAGUAUUGCAUGUACCACUGAUUUAUUACCACUCUUCUUGACAAUUCUUUAUUUUGAAAGCAGCUUUAAAUUGCACAGGUUUAGGAAUUGUUUGCGUUUGCCCAAAAGUGAUUUUUUAUGGUGUAUUAUACAACGACCUUGAUGUAUAUAUUUUGGUGGCUUUGCAAAAGCUGACUCCCAGCACACAGAUGGCCAAAUAUAUUUUGCCUUGUGUAAAAGCUAUUUUAGAAACAAUUGCCAUCAAUUUACCUUUAAUUGCCUACGGUGUGUAAUUUGCAGCCAUUUUUGUUUUAAAAGACCUAGAGCUUAUUGACAAAAGCAGCCAAAAAUAUGAAUAGCAUCUCACCAUGUAUUCUAAUCAAGACAGUGCCUUGUGUUUUUCCUUCUAAAUCCUUCAUUUGCAAAUGUAUAAAUGCUUUGAAAUUAAUGAAUAUGUUUGAUUAUUGAGUGUGAAUGUAGCUUAUAUUGGUUCACAGUGGGUUUAAAGUCCUUGUGAUUUUGUAGCUUCAAGAGAUAAAGGCUGUUAUAAAGAUGUUGCACUGCUACUUCACAUGUAAAUAAAGCUAAAUAUAUGCA